GGCGCGCGAUUAACAUCAUUAGAUAGGGGGCGCGCUUAUUUUUCUCGCAGUAUUAGGUAAAAUAUUUUGACACAUAUGACUGUGGUCAUGUUUCUAAACGUCCUCUAUGUAUUGAGAAAGAGCAAAGCGAGAUCGUGAAAGUUUUUAUUUAUCUAUUUUCUUAUUUUAAAAACAAUUAUCAGUGCUUUUUACAGGUGAAACCAAGUUUUGUAACUUGACUUGUUGUUACUGCGUCAAAAGUAUUAUUAAUCAACCUAGAAACAAACUUUUGUGCGUGUUAAGAUUUAGUGCGGGCGGGGCGGGGGCAGGGCGCGGGGCGGUGAUGGUGGCAUGGCGUCGCGGCGCGUGACGCGCAAGUGGGAGGUGUUCGCGGGCCGGAACCGGUUCUGGUGCGACGGGCGCCUCAUGACGGCGCCGCACCCGGGCGUGUUCCUGCUGACGCUGGCGCUGGUGUGCGGCACGACGGCGCUGCACUUCGCGUUCGACUGCCCGUUCCUGGCGACGCGCGUGUCGCCGCUGCUGCCGGCGCUGGGCGCGGCGCUGUUCGUGCUGACGCUGGCGGCGCUGCUGCGCACGGCGCUGUCGGACCCGGGCAUCAUCCCGCGGGCCGCGCCGGCCGAGGCGGCGGCGCUGGGCCCGCCCGACGCCGCGCGCCCGCCGCCGCGCGCCCGCGAGGUGCUGGUGCGCGGCCGCCUCGUCAAGCUCAAGUACUGCUUCACCUGCAAGAUGUUCCGCCCGCCGCGCGCCUCGCACUGCUCGCUGUGCGACAACUGCGUCGACCGCUUCGACCACCACUGCCCCUGGGUCGGCAACUGCGUCGGCAAGCGCAACUACCGCUACUUCUACACGUUCGUCGUGUCGCUCUCCUUCCUCGCCGUGUUCGUGUUCGCGUGCGCCGUGACGCACCUGGCGCUGCUGGCUCGCGGGCCCGGCGGGGGCGGGGCCGGGGCCGGGGGCGGGGGCGCGGGGCUGGCGGCCGCGCUGCGGGCGUCGCCCGCGUCCGCCGUGGUGGCGGCCGUGUGCUUCCUGUCCGUGUGGUCCGUGCUGGGGCUCGCCGGCUUCCACACCUACCUCGCCUCCACCGACCAGACGACGAACGAGGACAUCAAGGGCUCGUUCUCGACGCGGCGCGGCGUGGCCAACCCCAACCCCUACUCGCGCGGCAACGCCUGCGCCAACUGCUGGCACGUGCUCUGCGGGCCGCUGGCGCCCUCGCUCAUCGACCGGCGCGGCGUGUUCACGGUGGACGUGAGGGACGAGCUGCCGCCGCGCCUGGCGGCCGCGCUGGCGGGGCCGGCCUCCGCCCCGUCGGCCUCCGCCCCCGCGCCGCCGCCGCCGCCCAACGGGGAUUGCUUCAAAGACGGUACCCUCGGCGGCAGCUACACGAACCUCUUCGACAACGAGGGCUCGCGACACGCGUACAUGAACCACAGCCUGGACCUCGACCCGAUGCCGCUGCAGGAGGUGUGCAUCGGCGUAGGCGGGCUGGCCCCGCGCGAGGGCCGCGGGGGGCCCGAGGGGGGCGCGGGGGCGGCGCCGGCGCUGAGCGCGUCGCGCCUGCGGCUGCUGCACGACACCACCAUGAUCGACGCGGCGCUGGACCUGGACGAGCCCGAGCCGCCGCCGCACCUGGCGCCGCCCGGCGCGCCGGCGCCGCCCGGCCCGGCGCCCGGCCCGGCGCCGCUCUGA